AUGGAGGCUAGAGCUUCGGAACACGAGCGUCGUCUCGCCGAGUCUCAUGGCCAAGAAGCUCUCAAGCAUGCCAUUGCGGCAGCUGAGAUCUACAUGCGCGCAGCUGAAAAAGCCGCCAACCCUAAAGAUCGCAACCGCCUUCAGCGAAAAUGUAGCGACCUUAUAGCCCUCGGCGAACGACUCAAAGCCAAUGCCAAAUCUGCCGCUACUUCUGCCCGCCCACCCGUGCCCGAAUCGACACGGACCUUGACCAUUGCCGAGAAAACCCUUAUUCUGAAGUCGUCCAAGUUGCAUGGCAACAUCUUUCCACCAUGGGAGAAGAUACCCGAUCCAGAUGAGUUUGCCGCGUCAAAGGCAGCUGAUGGAUCCUAUACGGACCAUUCGCCCUUUACUCUCUCCCCUGAACAGCAAGAGAUAUUUGCCGGUUGGAAGAGGCCGCAUGAGAUAUUUGUGGACGUACCAGAACGGGGAUCAGAUGACCUGAUGACUGCCACGGAAAGCAUUGAUCUCGGUCAGGAUUUGGCAACCGACUGUUCGGUCGUAGCAAGCUUGUGUGCUGCUAUCCGGCAAUUCGGCCCAAGAACAGGCUCGUUACUUCCCUCUCUCAUGUACCCUUAUGACGAGGACGCCAAACGGCCAACCGUCUCACAAAACGGCAAGUACAUCUUCCGCAUGUACUUCAAUGGCUGUUGGCGCAAGGUACUCAUAGACGACCGUCUUCCGACCUCUUCCUCUGAGCGCACGCUUUACGUGGUGGACCGGCGCAAUCCACAUCUGAUUUGGCCGGCAUUAAUCGAGAAAGCCUACCUGAAGAUUCGAGGCGGUUAUGAUUUUCCCGGCAGCAACUCCGGAACAGACUUGCAUGCUCUUACCGGUUGGAUACCUGAACAAAUAUUCCUUCAAAACGACGACAUCGAACUGAACGAGACAUGGAACCGCAUCAAGACAGCGUACGAUCAGGGCAAUGCGCUAGUGACACUCGGCACAGGAAAACUCUCUCGUGAGGAAGAGCAAACCCUCGGUCUAGUCAGGGAGCACGACUACGCCGUACUUGACCUGCGAAACGACGGUAACAACCGACUCUUUCUCGUGAAGAACCCAUGGCGCGACAGCCUGGUCUGGACAGGCGUAGGAUCAACAGCCACCUUGAGCACCGACAGAAGCGAAUCCCCAGAAGAGAGCAUGUCCAACACUUUCUGGAUGACCUUUGAGGACGUCCUCCAACACUUCGACUCGCUCUACGUCAACUGGAGUCCCUCCCUCUUCCGCUUCCGGCAAGACCACCAUUUCACCUGGACCAUCCCUCCCAAAGCCGAAGAGCUCGUUUUCACACAAAACCCCCAAUACAGCGUCCUCUCCCCCACCGGCAGACCAGUCUGGGUCCUCCUCAACCGCCACUGGCAAGACUCGGAACUUGACAUCCUCCGCGAACGCAAGCAAGAACACGACUUCCACAGCAUAAACCAGCCCCUGAAAUCCCUCGGCUACAUGUCCCUCUCCCUCUUCGCCUCACAACCCCCGGGAACCCGCAUCCCACUUUCCGAAGGCUCCCAUCACGCCCUGCACCAAGGUCCCUACGUCGACAGCCCCAACACGCUCCUCCGCUACUCUCCCACCCCAGGCGUCGCCCAAACCAUCGUCAUCGCCCAAUCCGAUCUUCCAUUGCCUUCCUACUCCUUCAGCUUAUCCUUCUUUUCCAACUCCCCCCUUACAAUCUCUCCCGCCUCCGACCCGCUUCCCUACAACGAAACGAUCACAGGCGCCUGGACCCGCCGCACAGCCGGCGGCUCGACAGUCCUCCGUCCUACCACCGAGCGGGCCGAUAAUUUGCCAGUUCACAUCGCCGUCCUCUACUCCAACGGCGGCCAACGCGUCACGGCCGUCGUCGGCCGCGACCUCAUCUGCUCAAGCGCCGAGUACCAACGCGGUUGCACUUUUGCUUCCACUUUACCUUCUUCCAACCCGAACAACACCACCACGACCUCUACCUCCUCCACGAAGUCCAACAACCACGGCAACCACGGCAACCACACCUCCCUAAUAGACCCAGGCACCUACACCAUAGUCCUCUCCACCUACGAACCAGGCCAAACAGGCCGGUACUCGCUCCGCGUCAGCGCCUCCUGCCCCUUCUCGCUCUCUCCCAUAUUAUCCGACGCAGCAGGCCGACUCCGCACGCCCGCUCCAUCGCCCGCCACCUUCAAGUUCCACGAAAAGGGCGAGACAAAGGUGCGCGCCCGCGUUGACGUCAGCAGGUUAACUCGUGCCAGCGUCUUGGCACGCUCGACCAAGAAGACACAGUCCACGACGACGACGACGGCGAUGGUGAGGGUAGCGCUGGAGUUGGGCACGGUGGAGGGGAGGAAGAGGGUGUUGGCUAGCACGGCUUCGGGGGGCGGUGGUGAGCUGGCGGCUAGUUUGAGUUCGCUUAGUCUUACUGACAGACUUGGAGGGAUUGGCGGGAUCGGAGGGGGUCAUGGACAUGGACAUGAAGUGGUCGGGACCGAAGGAGGGUAUACCACAAAGGGGGAAUUCGCGGAUGCUAGUCUUGGACUAAGGACGAGGGAGGUGGAUCUGGAUCCGAAUGUUAUUCGGAGUUAUGGGGGGUUGUGGUUGGUUGUUGAGCAGAUUGGUGGUGGUGGUGGUGGUGGUCAGAAUCAAGGGCGAAUAAGUGAGGAAGUAGAAGGAGGAGGAGUGCAUGUGGAGAUAUUGAGUGAUGGGGUGGUGAACAUCGGGGGUUGGGAGGUUGUUGAUGAGGACUGA